AUGAUUGAAUGUGACGAUUUUGACGAAGAGAUCGAUUCCUACUUGAACAUUAUGCACUCAUUGUGCAUAUCCGCACUGUUUAUGAAUUUAUUCGCUCUAUACUGUAUAGUAUUCAAAUCAACGAAGCAGAUGGGUGCUUAUAAGUGGUAUUUACUUGCCUAUCAAAUGGUUUCGACUGUGUUCGACAUUGUGUAUACGGGUGUUACUCUGCCAGUGAUUUUCUUCCCAAUAACGAUGGGUUACCCCGCUGGUUGGAUUGCACACUGGUUAUCAAUCAGUACCUAUGCCUCGAUUAUCAUGGUGGUUCUAAUAUGCUCGCUACUUGCUGCAAGUAUCCUCAACCUUUUCCAUUAUCGAUGCCAUUUGGUCACUCCAACACGUCACUUCUUGAAAUCCAUUGACAACGGUGAAAACUCCACUGCAUGGCGUAUACCCAAAUACUGGUCCGUGAUCUAUUUACUCAUCUAUCAAUUCACUUUAGGAAUACUCAUGUGCCAAAUCUGUUAUAUCUCUUCCUCAGCUUCAAGUUUUCACUUUAUCAAAAGCGACACCGAUUAUUGUGACAGUUGUCCUCCUGGACAUCCUUACACUUCUGAUGUCUGCGUCUUGGGUAGCCUUAUCGUUCCAUUUUAUAAGAAAAAACGAACAUUUAUCCCAAAAGACAAGACUUAUGCAGAGGCGCUUUCUUCUCUACCUCUGUAUUCA